CCAUUACUUUGCAUUUUUUAAGUUGUGUUCUUGUAUUGCUUGUAGGGUUGUUCCUUACCCAUGCAUCACCUGCUGAAGGGAAGUUCGACCUAAGCAGCAAGCCCUCCAGUGUGAUGUGUGUGACCAGUGGCAGCAUUGGACCUGCCACACUGGCAUUUCCCAGGAGGAAUACAGACAAGCCGUGCAGUCAAAGAUCGACAUACAGUGGACUUGCACAGGAUGUGGUGAUAUCUCCGAUGUACCCACUACCACUUCACUAUCACAACCAAUAACACCCACCACCGCUUCACUAUUACAACCAGAAACACCCACUACCACUUCAAUAACACAACCAGAAACACCAGCUAACACUUCAAUAACACAACCAGAAACAUCAGCUACCACUUCACUAAUACUAUCAGAAACUACCACCCCACUAACACAACCAGAAACACCAGCACCAGUUACACUUCCCUCUACCAGCACACCUGUUGCAUCACUACCUCGACUUGUCUCAUCAAUGUAUGACUCCUCUGGUUCUGACUCGGAGUCACUCUCAGGUUCCCUACCAAUAACCCACUUAUCCUCCAUACCAUCAUAUCUGAAUGCAGAGUUUUCACCAGAUGCCAACUCUUUUCCUUCCUCCCCACCUCCAACAGCAUCACCAACAUCGAUGGAACUUCGUCCUACUUCUCCUGAUGUAAAUGAUAUCGAAGACCACCCAGUAAUGUCAUUCAUUCACCCAUCCUUGCAUGAAGAGUCAAACCUGGAACCUACUACUCCUAUUCCAGAUGAGAUACUACCAGAAUCUGAUGAAGUGGAGUUUACUAUCGUAGUUGGAGGAUCAAAGCGCGGAGACAUCCUUUUAAGUCGUGGUUACUCUUAUAACAAGGAUGGCAAGGUUAAUAAGAAAGGUGACCAACGUUGGAGGUGUACUGUCCGCAACAAGUCUGUGUACUGCCUUGCUUCUAUCACCCAGCAUGGCGAAACUUUCAAGAGAGGGCCUCAUCCUCAUAGAUGUUCUCCAAGAGACUGUGCCCUGCCUGCUGCCAACAUCAAGGCCUAUGUGCGACAAUAAGGAAAAGAGCGCCCAUUCGCCUCAGGAUCGACCCUUACUAAAGAAGCAGUACACAAACACCUACCAGCUGAUGCUCCUGUGUCCAGCAUGCCAAAGAUGUCCUCUAUUGUCCGCACCACCAAUCGUCUACGCCAGGCAAGGAGACCAAAACAACCGAAGGAUCUGAAUUUCACUUGGGUAACAGAAGAACUACCUGACAAUUUUGUACAGCAUGACAUGGUAGUAGGAUCUGCCUGCCAUGUGAUCAUGUUCACUGCCCUGCUUCUUUCACUUCUUUCAAAGGCAAAGAUGUGGUAUGUGGAUGCAACUUUCAAGGCAGUCCAGCGACCAUUCCAGCAGUUGUGGAGCAUCCACAGUUUCAUACGGCAAGGUGACAACAUGAAGCAGGUGCCUCUUGUAUAUGUCUUGAUGUCACGCAGAAGUAAAGAGGAUUACAUAAAGAUCUUGAAUUACAUAAUGGAAAGAGUUGCCAAUAAUUCAGUGAAGAGAGUUGUAAUGGAUUUCGAGUCUGCUGUGUGGGGAGCCUUCCAGAAUGUAAAUCCCGAUUUUUUUUUUUUUUUUUUUUUUUUUUUUACAUUGCAGCCUAUUGCGCCGGUAGGCUUCUUCCAGGUGGAUCCUCUCAGCCACCGCCUCCCCAUUGUCACCCUUACUGGAUGCUGCUUUCAUUGGGCCCAGGCAGUAUGGAAAAAGAUAAACGAAUUAGGAUUAGCACCAUCAUACCGUGUAAAGAAGAACACAAGUAGGUUCCUAUGACAAAUCCUGUGUCUUCCAUUCUUACCAGCAGAGCAGAUUCGAUCUACAUUCAAUGAGUUUAGAAAUUUAUUAGUAGAGAGUCACACAGUCACUCUACA